CCUAUGAUGCGUUAGAUAACUGUCCUUAUUGCGACGAGAUACUACGCACCGGUACUUACUUCAUGUCUCUCGAGAUUGAGUCAAUUUCAUCACACGUACUGGACUACGAUACCACUUGUAUGUUAUGUACUAUGCCCUCGCGUUAUUUCUUUUUUCUUCGGGGUCCCGGAAAGGUUUUAUGGGUAGUACUUGGAACAUCAAGUGCUCUACCGUACAUUGGGUGGUUCCUCCUGGCAACUAUCUCUCAGCGAAAACAACGAGGUGACACAAACGGCGUAACGUCUAUCAUGAUUACAACAGCAGCAACGACACACGCAACGAUGUUUGAUAAUUCACCACACAACAUGCAUCGAAUAGACAUAGAAGAGGAAAAAAAAGACCAAUCACUUGACGUUAGGGGAAACGACAAUUUCAUCCGUAAGUUCAAACACUCGGUUCGUCGGAAGCACUUUUUGAUGCUGGAAUUCGUGAAUCGAAAUAUCACAGGAUUGAAAUUCGGCUUUUGUAAUGUAUAUACGUAUACGUGACUGUAGAUAUUCUAUUAUGGAAGCAUGCUUUCGUUGUCGGACUCUAGAGGCUGCACGAUGUCUACGGGAGUAAGGCCUGUUUCCCUUUCUGUAUCAAUUCCUUCUGAAAGUUGCUACCGUUCGGUACUACUGUACUUCAUCAUCUCGUGUUACCGGUAGGGCGAGAAAGACCUCCUCAACCGAAUGCCUAACUAGAGAUUCAUACAAACCAUCUACUGUACACGAUAGAGCACAACCGAUGCUCCAGCGCGUUGCAUUUGCAGACUCGGAACGCAGUUCUCUUCAGCAAUGGAACAAAGCUCCUGGAGCUUGCAGUACCAGUAUCGAAACAUCUCAACCCGUCCGAAAGUCCGUUAACUUCAUCUCACCAAAACUUGGAACUUUAUUUUUCUCACUUAAACUUGGAAUAUUCCUGUCUUCUGUUGUAUCAACAUACAAUUUAAUUUACGACGUCCAUCCAUCACUCCACUAUAAAUCAAUUGUUAAAUUCUGCUCGCGGAAUAUUAACCGGACAACCAACAACGAAUACUCCUCUUGGUUAUAAUUUUUCUGUUGGGAACUGAAAAAAUCCGUUUUCGCUACGCAUCGCAUGCAUCGUGGAACACUCUAUUUAACUUUUCUACACUCAUCGAAUCAAUACGAACCAUUGAAUACACGACAAUCGUCAACGAAAAAUCUCGCCACUCUUCCCUGUCAUAAUUUUCAUAAUGGAUGAUUCCUGGUAUGGAUUGGUCUCAAAAUAUCCACGGGACAAAGCAGAUGUAUCUGGAAAUCUAACGAACAAAAAACAGAAUUGCGUCGAAGAGAAAAAAGAACAACCAGACGUUGCGAGGAUAGAGGCCAGUGAAGUCUCUGGGGAACUGAAUUGCAAUAACAACCUGAACGAUAUAUUGCGAAGAAGACGAAGGAGUAGUUCACCAAGCAGUCUACAGGUUUCAACAGCCUCUAUAGACGUGAUAUUACCAGAGAAAGAUUACAAUCCAUCAUUGGAGAUUCUAAGAUCCUUUUCGUCCGAGUCAAUGAGAGCCAUUAGUAAAAGUCAAUCGGCGGAUCCUGACUUCGACCGGGGCCUCCGAAGCAAAGCCGCAUCUGUAACGGUUGAACCUGUUCCAAUUCCUCGCCGAAAUCUUACCGAAGCUUUUGAAGAGCUAUACAUCAAACCUUCCAAAUCGUGGGCAAACAGCGUAACGGAUUCUCCAAAUUUGAAAAAUCUAAGUGGUCUAGUUGGGAAAUCUAACACCUCUGGAAGCUCAAAUAUCAUUUCUCCCACCGGAGUCGCGGAACUUGAAACAGCAGCGAGUUCUGCUUCCAUGGGUACAACCUUAUCAUCUCCAACAAGUACAUCGAAUUUGAUCACGCCAAUAAAAUCAGAUCCCACUGAAAAAGAUGAAGCUAUUGUAGAAAAAAAAACAUUUCAAUUUCGAUUACACCCGCAACUACAGCGAGAUAUGUCGGAUGCACUCGUUAGGAGGGUAUGCUUCUAUUCCAUCAUCCACGACAUCAAUAAAGAGGCCACAACAAUGGCAUCUAACGAUGACUCAGGGUACAAUCGCAACCCCGACGAAAUUGACGAAAAGUUUGAUCCUCUCGUUAUGGCCGUCCACGGCCGUUCUAGAUCGGAAUUUACUGGCUCGAGUUCAAUCAUCAACGUGGCCCUUAUAGACGAAGAAGAAUGGCUAUUGGAAGCAAUAAAUUCAAGAAAUCCUGACGAAGCACGUUCAGUCAACGCUUGCCCCCCCACAUUUCUUCAAGCGAUAGGCGAACGUGACUAUGAGAACCCAUUGACUUCACUCUCGAGUGGUAGUAGAACUCAACUUUGGAAGCCAUCACGGAGCUGGUGGGAAGCCAAAAGCGGGAAGAACCCUUGGAUCGAACCAAAUAGUCACAAUAAGAGAUGGAGGUGAGUUGAUUUGUGUCGUGUAUACUCAGUGAAUAAUAAAUUCAUUUCAUUUCUUUUAGAUUCACCGCCUACAUUUUUUUUCUCUAUAGAUAUCUAUGGCCACUUAUACACUAUCACAAAUUCCUCGCGAAGUGCAUCAAGAAACUCAAGCGAAAUAGUGUUUGUGUGAAAAACUCAGUAUCUCCCGUCGCCGUUUUUCUGCGCGAAGAAGUCUGUGCUGUUUCAGAUCACUUAGCCUCGGUUUCACUUUUUGAUUCGGAACAAUGGAUGGAUUGUCUCCAACAUUUCGAAGGAUGGGUCGAAUCCAGUGAAGAGGCAGCAAAGAGUUCCCGGGAAUUUGUGUCGAAGCUUCGCUUAAGGUCACUAAACGAGCCCGGAGACGUCGAUAGCACACUACUGCGAAACCAGAUUGACGAACAGCUCCUUCGAGCUAUUGUAAAUGCUAGGGAGCAACUGGCUGGGAAAGACAUUUCGAAAGAAGAGAGACGUAGUUCAAAACAACCCAUGAGGCGAAGAGAACGCAAUCAAACAGGAUCAGUCAAAUCGUCGUUGUCGGUUUCAUCAGUCGAUGCCGAAGCUCCUUGCCCUCGCCAUAUUUCCACUCAUAAUUCAAAAGGAAGACAGGGUCUUCAACGAAAUUGGCAAGGAUACCCUCAUCAUGGUUGGUGGCAAAACGGAUGGCAGCAUCAUCAUCAUCCAUAUCCAUAUGGAGAUGAUGUAAGUGUUCAUUCGACGCUAUCAUGCGAUACAAGUUAUUCCCGUGGUUAUUUGAAUGGUUACAACCAUGGCGCAGUUCCCGCGCAUCCGCAAUACUAUUCCUCUAUGAUGUAUGCGCCUCAUCACGCAAUUCACGGAGGACCACAUGGAUCCUAUCCUUCAUCCGCUGUACCACCAAAUCCUCCCGUUUAUCCAGGCGAGACGUACGAUCCUCAGCAUUUGGAUCCUACAGGUUGGAUGCGCCAUCAUUCAGUUGACCAAUACCACAAUCCUGACUCACAGGCUGUUCCUGGAACACCCGAUGGACACAACGAAUCACAAAAUUCUUCUCUCGAGGCAGAUCAAGAACCAACAGAAUUGCCGGAAUCCUCAGAGAAUCCAAACGAAUCAUUCGAUACUCAUAGGACGCCUUACAAACCCAGGACAAAUCAUGUUCCUAUGUCUCCUUAUUGGGGCCAUCUUCAAGAUCAUGCCACCCUUGCGAUGAUGGGACUCUCAAGUCCUCCUGGCUCGGUUCCACCCACGCCUCAUCGGAACGUGGAUUCGUCUUUUAGUCAAGAGGAUAUGUCAACGGUAGAGAUGAAGAAUAAUAUGAAUGCGCAGCCACUUCUCCUGAGACAGCAGUACUAUGGAUAUGGGUAUGGAAGCAGAGAAGGAUACGCUCCGCCAUCCCCCGCUACUCAAUUCAUGAUGUCACCGCAGGCAAGCUUUGCGUACAACUACGGCUACGGCUUUUCCCCUUCUCGUCGUUCUACAUCUCAAACAAAGCUAUUGAAUACAUCAAUAAGUGAAGAAGAAAUCGAUGCUUUGCAUAGCAUGCCUGAGGGAGGGAACGCCAUUCCAGAAGCCACGAAUGGCAAAGAUGACCAACUAGAGAAAGAUCACGUUGCGAAAGGGUAACAUCCACCCCGGUUCAAAAUCCAGCUCAGACAAGAAACAGCGAAGUUUUCGCCGAAUAUAGAAUAUAACCUCGUCGGCCUAAUAAUCUAAACACUACAAC